AUAAUAAAAAAAUAAUGAACAGUUGUACAAACAAUUUAAUUAAAGUAAAUUUAAAUUCGAUCAAUGAAAAAGAAAAAGAAAAUUUUAAAAAUGAUGGAUUUAUUAUUUUAAAAGAUUUAAUUAGUAAAGAACAGGCAGAUUAUCUAUUUGAACGUUCAAAGCAAUUGUUUCAUGGUAAAUGUGACAAGGGUAUAUAUCCAGACGAACAAUAUUGGAAACCAAAUCUAUCAAGAGAUGAUGUAACCAGAGAGAUUGUUAAUUGUUGGAAGACCGACUCUGUUAUGGCACAACUAGUACUAUCGGAACAAUUGGGUGCUAUUGCCUGCGAACUAUUGGAGUGUGACAGUGUUAGGGUGGCACAGGACGAUAUAUUUUGGAAACCAGUUCAAGGAAAACCAAUCAAUUUUCACCAAGAUAUUCCAUACUUUAAUUUCUUUAAACCAAGUAAAGUCGUAACAAUAUGGAUAGCACUAAACGACGUAUCAUUAGAAAAUGGCACUUUGGAGUUUGCAAAGGGAUCACACAAAUGGAAUCAUGAUUUAUUUAAGAUGAACGAUCAAUUUCAUGCACCAGAGGACUAUCUAAAAGGAUUGGAUGGAGCAAUGAAAAGAGAAGGUGUAGACAAAGAUCAGCUAGAAUUGGUACCAGUAACUGUUGAAAGAGGUGGUGGUUCAGUACAUGGGGGUUUGCUUUUUCAUGGAAGUAAUAAAAACCCAUCCAGUUUCAAUGAAAGAAUUUCAAUUGCAAUUCAUUACAUUCCAGGUGAAUGUGAAUUCAGAGAUAACAAACCUGGUUACAUUUAUGGUCGUUACAAAAUUUAUAAUUCUUUUAAAUUAGAAGAAUCAUUUUUCCCAAUAGUUUAUUCUAGAAAUGGUUAUAGAUCAGAAUGUAUUAAAGAUUAUUGUACAAUUUAA